AGUCACCUCCACAUUAUAAAAGCCAGAUCCGGCAGCCAGGCCCGAAGGCUCUCUAUAAUCGGAGAGGGGUGUGUAAAAGAGGGGGGAAGCACAGAGAGAGGAGUGGGACGUAGAUGAGCCUAAGCUGCUGGAGGUCCGGGAGAGAAAAGAAAGGAAAGAACAGGACAGAGAAGAGAAAGGAAAGAACAGACAGGGAGGAGAAGAGAAGAGAAACUCAGACACAAAGAACGAAGCACAGAGGACUCUGAGGACUGUGUGGAUAUUUUCCUGUGUCUGAGCGGUGUAGUCUGGGACACGCUGGUCCUCCACACAGACAGUGUCUGAAGGGAUCCUCUUCCUGUGCUGUCCCUCUGCCUCUGGGCCCCCCUCACCCCCUGAUCUCGCCUCUGUAACACCUGGACAUCAAUGAGUCUGAACAACUCCUCCGGCUAUCGAUCGGAGCGUAGCUUCCAGCAGACCUCUUCCUCAUCCUCCUCCUCCUCUACCACCACCGGCCCUAGCAUGGAGAAGAGUCGAGGGCUGUUUGCGGAGGAUUUCGGAUCUUUCAUGCGCCCAGCCCGUGACAACGCGAUUGGAUUCUCAGGUCUGCCAGGGCCCGCGGGGGGCAUCCGGUCUCAGGGGGACACGUACCAGUUCACAGUGGACGUCAGAGACUUCUCCCCCGAGGACGUCAUCGUCACCACCUCAAACAACCAGAUCGAGGUUCGCGCAGAGAAGUUGGCGGCUGAUGGCACAGUGAUGAACACUUUUGCCCACAAGUGCCAGCUACCAGAGGACGUUGAUCCUACGUCUGUGACAUCAUCACUGGGGGAUGGCGGUACCCUGACCGUGAAGGCCCGUAGACACCCGGCAAAGCACGAGAACGCUCAAACUUUCCGCUCCGAGAUCAAGAUCUGAGAUAAACAAGGCUGGCCUACACCCCGUCCCGUGUCGCCUGACAUUCCCAAUUCUACCUGCUGUUUUUUAUCCUCUCCUCUCCUCUCCUCUCAUCCACUGCACACCUGUCUUGUUCAGUUGUUUUCUGUUGUUGAUUCUCCCUCUCUCCCCUUUUACACAACGUUGCAUCAUAUGGCUUUCAUAUCUUGGAUUACUUGUUUCAAACUUCUUUUGAACUGAGCUACAAUUCUGAUGUCAGCUAACUGUUGAUUCCCACAUCAGUGCAAACACAUUUGCAAUAUAUCUCACACACAAACACAGCCACACACUCAAACACACACUAAUUCCCAAAUACACCCCCCCCCCCCCCACACACACACACACAAACACAUAAUUUCCUCUCUGGGCAAGCACCUCUUUGCUUUUGUAAAUAUUCUUCCUGCCUCAGAUGGCAACCAGCUCUAACUACAGAUACUAUGACUUUUAAUGGCAUAGUGUAUGUGUGCACACACAGCACAAACACAUACACACACACACAGCACCUUGUUGAUACUUUAACUUUAAUUUAAUUUUUAAGAUGUUGUGAUGUGGAAAAAAAUUAAAUAUAUUUCUCAUGUUUUACAAAUGAAAAUGAGCUUUGAUUGUGAGUGAUAUUAUCUGUGACUUGGCGUGUGGUUUGUAUAUUGCAGCAUACCGUAUGUGUGCUGUGUGGCAGUGGAUGUGCAUGUGUGUGCUUGUAUUCAGUUUGUAUUGUAUUUCUCAAGUGCUCUGUUCUUUGUCAGUUGUCAGACUGUCAGCAGAUCAAGGACACAGUAAAGUGGCCUAAAUCCUCACUCCUCUUUACCAUGGAGUCAUUCUGGUAGUUUCCAUUUCCAUUUAAACCGCUUCCUCUCUCCUGCAGAUGAUUCUGUCAUGGUAGAGAUGGAACACAUGUAUGUGUGUGUGCUGUGUGUAAGGUUCUUCUUGCCUGUCCCUUUCUCUUACUCUGUGUGUGUGUGUGUGUGUGUGUAAAUAUCAAAGCUAUCUUUUCCAAAUAACAAUCAGAUGUUCUUUAGAAACUUGUGAGGAACAUAAAAAAUGUAUUUCAUUAAUAAAUAAAUCCAGUGCAAAACA